AUGGGCUACCUCUCUUGGACACCUGGACAUAGCAACCGCAGUUAUGACCAUGUCAAGCUUUGCUCCGCGCCAAGACAAGGCCACCUUGAUCGAGCAAAGCGAAUCUGUGGCUACCUUCUGAAGAUGAAAAAUGCAGCCAUUAGAUUCCGAACCGGGCUACCAGACUACAGUGAUGUAACUGAGCCAGUCUAUGACUGGGCAGACUCAGUAUAUGGCUGUCCUACCGAACAGAUCCCUACUGAUGCACCAACACCGUUGGGCAAAUCAGUGAUCUUGACUCACUACAUGGACGCCAACCUAUUCCACUGCAUGUUGACUGGUAGAUCCGUAACAGGUAUUCUACAUAUGAUUAAUGGAACACCUAUUGAUGCUAUUUCGAAGAAGCAAGCUACCUUGGAGACUGCCACAUACGGCUCCGAAUUUGUCACAGCCCAUACCUGUGUGGAACAAAUCAUGGACCUACAGUUCACACUGAGAUACCUUGGUGUUCCUAUUCAGGGACGUAGCUACAUGUUUGGAGAUAAUGAGUCUGUUGUUAACAGCUCAUCUCGACCAGAUGCAAAAUUGCACAAACGACAUGUCGCGUUGUCGUUUCAUCGUGUUAGAGAGACUGUAGGAUCCAACAUGCUUUCCUUUCUACACAUCGAUGGUGUUCACAAAACCCGGCUGAUACCCUAA